GAACAGAAAGUUCAACCCAGAACGGAAGGUGAAGUUUCAACCACGACUUCUGUCUCAAAUCCAUCAGAACAAGCUUCGUUCAUGUCCUGGGUUCCAGGUUUAAAACGAGAAACAAGAAGUAGCGUUCCAGGAACAAGUCGGGUCGAUGGUCCCUCUGCUUCUUCUGAGGUACUGGGCACUUUUCAAUAGUUUCAUUUAUUGGUAGUUGAGAGUUUUGAAAUAGUAAGUACUACUAUUGGAUCUCUCUAUACAGACAGUGAGGAAACACAGUAAAGGCCAAUUUACACUACACCACCUUUGCUUAAAACUGUCGCAUGCAACCUGCUUACAACUUGAAUUAUACUGUGUAAAUCAAACACACAACUCGCCUACGACAACAUAGGGGAGAUGUAUGUGCUUGAUUUACACAGUACAAUUCAAAUGGUAAGCAGGUUACAUGCGAAGUUUUAGUUAAAAGUGUGUAGUGUAAAUCGACCUUACAGUGUCCGUGCUUGAGGUAAUAUGUGGGAGUCCAUAAGGAAAGCUUUGACUCUAGUUUGAUUGUUGUGAUUUGGCAACUUUUUUUAGAAUAUGAUCAACAGUUCAUAUAAAUUACCACGAGAAUUAUCUUCACGUGAACAAUUGGACUCCGCUCUUGUCCGUAAGUAUACAACCUACGCCGUCUUUAUACUUUGUAAAUUGUUAAUAUUUUGUACACAGCUAUCUUGGGGUCGGUGGUAAGAAGGCUGAAUAGCGCUAUCCACCUUACAUAGACCGUUGUAAAAAGCCUCCUCUACCAAUUCUGAUCAAGCUUAUUUUUUAUCUUUGUUUAGAGAAACUAAUCAAAUCCUACUUUAACAUCGUCUGCAAGAAUAUCCAAGAUAAGUAAGCAUGUUUAAAUUCUUAAUUGGUAAGGUUUCAACCAUCGCUUCGUUUUUAGCACACUUUUGUUUGAAAUGAAUAUAAUAAUACUACUUAUAUUUACCUACAAUAAAUUUUGUUUGUUUAGUAUUCCAAAAGCUGUCAUGUGUUUUCUCGUAAACUAUGUAAAAGAAAGAAUUCAAAGUGAACUAGUCGAAAAACUAUAUAAGGUAUCAUGCUUGAGUACGUUAAAUUAAACUAACUUUGUUUAUACUGGAUAGCUCUAUCAGUUCUAAACUCUUUGCAGGUCCAGUAUAAGGAUCCUCCUCUCUUAUUGAUCCAGUGUCACUACAAGGAGAAACCUGAACUAAACUAACUUUAUUUAUACUGGAUAGCUCUUUCAGUUAAGUGUUCUUUUUAGAGGUCCAGUAAGGAUCAUCUCUUAUUGAUCCAGUGUUACUAAAAGAAGAAACCUGAACUAAACUAACUUUAUAGCUCUAUCAGUUCGAAACUGUUCUCUUUAGAGGUCCAGUUAAGGUAACCCUUUUCGACUCCAGUAUCACAACAGGAGAAAACCUAAACCAAAUUAUUCUUUAUUCAACAAUCUGUUGCCAUUUACUGCAACCAAAAUAAUAAAAUUUUGACUGUUUUCCUUUAUCAAGACUGAAGAAUUUAAUCAGCUGCUAGAGGAAUCAGACGAUAUUCACAGACGGAGACAAGAGGCGACAGAAAUGCUUAAGGUAUUUAAAGAAAAUUGCCUUGUUGGAGGAAAGAUAGUAAGAAUUUUAAGCCAAUUGUGAUCGAGAAAAAAAGAUAUACAUAUUUAAGACCCAAUCUAUUAUGGUUACAUGUUUCACCUCAGCUAUCCCUAUUACUUCAAGCAUCAUAUUCACCUGAGUACAUAACACCAACACACAAAAAUUCAUGACUUCUGUUUAGUUUCUAGACUAUCAUAUCUUGAUACUAGACUCUGUUGUGAUGGAUUUGUUUUACUGUUCUCAUUUUAGGCUCUGCAGAAAGCGGCACAAAUUAUUGGGGAAGUGAGGGACUCACAACUUUGGUAA